UAACCAUAAAGAUAGUGUUUCGCCUGCUGCAGCUAUCCGCCACCGCAUUCACUUGUUGUUUAUAGUGUGUAAAACAUGGAGGUGACGGCUGCACGCCGUUCGUUUCUUUGCGAUAUAGGUUUCUGGGCAGACCGGACUGCCCUGCAUGAGGCAGCGUUCCACGGCCGUGUCCUGCAGCUGAAACAGCUGAUAGAAAGUGGAGCCUCGGUCAACAUGGUGACAGUGGACAACAUCACUCCACUCCAUGAGGCCUGCAUACAGGCUCAUGUGAAGUGUGCCCAGCUGCUGCUGGAGGCUGGAGCCCAGGUGGAUGUACGGACCAUCCAUGGCAGCACCCCUCUCUGUAACGCCUGUGCUUCUGGCAGUCUGGAGUGUGCCAAGCUGCUGCUGGACUACGGAGCCAAAGUAAACCCAUCCCUCACAGCUCUCACCGCUUCCCCACUCCAUGAGGCCUGCAUAAACGGUAAUACUUUGGCGGCAGUAAGAGAGGGUUGGACCAGUCAUAUCCCUUUAGACUUCUUCACUGUGAAUGACCCUUUUACAUUCCUCUCAGGUAAUGUUGAUGUAGUGAGGUUGAUGAUAGCCAGCGGUGCCCAGCUGGAGGCAUAUGACGUCCACUUUGGUCCACCCCUUCACAUCACAUGCGCUAAAGGAUAUGUGCACUGUGUCAGGGAGCUGCUUAUUGCAGGUGCUAAUGUGAAUUCAGUGAAGUUCCAUGAGACAGCUCUGCACCAUGCAGCACGGGUCCACAUGGUGGACCUGAUCGAGCUCUUGGUGGAGUUCGGAGCCAAUGUGUACGCUAGCGACAACCUGGGAAGAAAACCUAUAGACUACACGACGCCUGCAUCUCCCUCUCACACCUGCCUCAGGUUUUAUGAAAGUAAUCCUCUAAGCCUGCAGCAGCUUUGUAGAAUCACUGUCAGGAUGAGGCUUGGUACCAGAGCCUCAGAGGUCAUCGGUCAGCUGAACCUAUCCCACCGCAUCCACAACUACCUACAGCACUGUGACCACCCCACAUCACUACAGACUGACACAGGAAUGGAUUCUAAACCUGUAUGAGAGACUGGUGUUUGAUUUUAGGUAUUAUAUUUUUAAAAAGAUGCAUCGUCAUCAUCAUCUGCGUAUUUGCCUAUAAUGUAAAAUACAGUAGGUUAUCCAUCAUAAUUCUUUAAUGUAUGUCAUGUGCUCAAGGAUUGACAUCACCAUUGCAGUUUAAAUUAUGUCCAUGUUGAUAUAUUAUUAUAACAGAGAAUAAAUUCUAGCUGCAUUCUUCACAGAA